UUUUGUUACAAUGUUCCUGUGCAAUAAUGACUGCGCAUUUUUAAGUUUGAUGAUAUGUGACGAGAAUUGUCAUAUGAUUUCUGAAAUAAAAACAAUUGCACAUUGCAUUUCGAAGAUGGCCGCGGUACAAUGUGAGUCGAAAGAUGACAAUUCCCAAUCAGAUUUGUCGAUAUCACCGGUAUUUUCUAGUAAAACCGUUAAAGCGAUAGAAGAACAUGACACUACUGGAUUACCGUUACAAUCUUCCUGGACAUUUUGGUUGGACAAAGCUAUUUCUGGUACAACUGCCGAAGAAUAUAAAGCCAAUUUAAAGAAGAUUUAUACAGUGAAUACUGUACAAAGCUUUUGGGCAGUCUUCAAUAACAUUCCAAAUGCUGCUGAAAUACAGGUUAAAUAUAGUUAUCAUCUGAUGAGAGAUGAUAGAUAUCCUAUAUGGGAAGAACCUAUCAAUCAAAAAGGCGGAACAUGGAGAUUAAAAUGUCAUAAGCUUGACACUGCUAAAAUAUGGCAGGAAGUAGUACUUGCGGCUAUUGGAGAGCAGUUUGCUGAAUGCAUGGCAGAAGGUGAUGAGGUCUGCGGUGUUACUGUCUCUAUCAGGGAUAGGGAAGAUUUGAUACAGAUUUGGAACGUAAAUGCUGCCUUGGCUCCUAAAGCUACGAUUUUACAGAGGGUUCAUGUACUUCUACCGGAAGUAAAUUUUCUUACUGAGUUUUAUAAGGCUCAUCAAUCCCAUCAUGCAUAUGGUCGAUGUUAAUAUGCAUACAACAUAAAGAAGACAAAAUUGUUCAGUUAAAUAUAUAAUUUUAUUUGAAAGAAAUAUAAUAAUAUUAUAAUAAAU